AUGAGUCAGGAAACUCUCAAGUACGGUUCUAAGGGAAGGAUUUUACUCCCCUAUUCCGACCGCGGAGAACAGGCCAUUCGACAGGGAGAUUCUGAAAUUGGAGAAUCUUGGUUUGAUCAAGCUGCUGAAUAUUGGAAACAAGCUAUAGCCCUUACCCCUGGUAAUUAUAUUGAGGCACAGAAUUGGUUGAAGAUCACAGGGCGUUUUGAAUAA